AUGCUUAGCAAAGCCUUGCCUGGCCAAAACGCCCCCGAAAUUUUGUAUUCCGAGGAUUGGCAAGUCCUCGGACCUUUUCGUUGUGGCACACGAGAGUCCGUUUGGGGCGCAGACCCGCUCGAAAUCCAGGGUGGAUUCUCCACGUUGCCUUUCAAUACUAGUGCGGCCUUCGACAGUGCUCUUGCUCCCAAUGGCACUGCUAAAUGGGGGCUGCUUACAGCUAACACAUCGGGCUCUUCCUCGGAACGAGCAAAAACUAAGCUAGUAGUGACAUUCCCCGACAUAGACUGGGACCAUCUUGCCUCCGUCUACGGAUGGCCUGGGUUGCAAUAUCAGGCCUGGGCGCGCGGUCACUUGAGAUUGAACAGUGGAAGCAAUCAGAACAUUGCGAUCUUUACGGAUGGGCUACUAGAGAUCUCCAUCAAUGGUCAACGAUAUUUUGGUGGCGAUUUGUAUAGUUAUCACAAAAUUCCGCUUAUACUGAGUCUGCCGCCAGGCGAUAAUGUGAUAGAACUGCGCUUAGUUCGUGAUGUUCGGGCUUUAGGUGGUAUAGGAGAACCCAUGAUCGAGGUCGCAAUGGAAGCACAAAUACGCCAUGAUUUUCUUACAGUGGACGAGCAAAGUCUGAUCAUACCAGAAAUGACCGAUGGGACACUUGCGAGCUCAUGGGCAUCAGCCGAUCAACUGCAAAUUACCAUGGGAAAGCCAUUGUAUCUAUCUUCAUACCAAACCAGACCUCUUAUAUUCCAGAUUCGUGCCGGAACUAUUCCGACUAAUGAGGUCUCUGUCGAAAUAUGCUUUAAUGUGCGCAAAGGAGGCGCUCAACGAAUCACUUACCUUCAUCCCGCGAACAUUGUUUCAUAUGCUAUAUUGCGCCCCCCGCCAGAACACCUUUGCCACGGGCACGAAUCCCUUCCGGUCAUACUGGGACUCCAUGGCGCAGGGCUCGAAGCUGACAGUAUGCAAGUACGUCAAAUGCUGGACGACGCGUACGGGGUUUGUGCAUGGAUGCUGUUCCCGAGUGGUGUUACCUCGUGGAGUGGUGACGACUGGCAUGAAUGGGGCUCGUCUGAUAUCAAGGCUGCCAUAGACGCAGUCCCACAGUGGAUAAGAAACCUCCACUGGGAAGGGCCAAACUUAUCACAUGCCAAUUGGGUAGUCACCGGUCAUUCAAACGGAGGCCAAGGGGCGUGGCACCUUGCCACUCAUUACCCGGAUAAUGUCAUUGCCCUGGCACCCGUGUCGGGGUAUUCAUCGAUAGAGAAUUACGUGCCCUAUACUAUGUGGCAGGAAUCUGAACCGUUACUCUUCUCUGUUCUCCAAAGGUCACGCUCCAGUUAUAGGCAUGAAUUGUUGUUGAGUAACAUCGCUGGUAUUCCUGUCUUACAACAGCAUGGUGCAAUAGAUGACAAUGUACCUGUAUAUCAUUCGCGCCUCAUGCAUCAACUACUAGGGCAAGAGCAUUGGCCAUCCGAAUACGAGGAAUUAGCCGGAAAAAACCAUUGGUAUGAAGGGGUGAUGACAACCCCGGCCCUCUUGAGAUUCUAUGAUGAACACACUCAUGCCGAAUCCAACCCAAUGAUUCCGUCGUCAUUCAAAGUGACCAUACCGUCCUCUGGGUAUAUAUCGUCCAAGGGUGGCAUUACUGUCGAUCAACUCCGAUCUCCUGACGUGAACGGCCACAUAGAAGUCACACGGGACACUGAUAAGGGAGUAUGGUAUCUCGAGACCCGGAACAUUCAUCGUUUUCACAUUUCAGGCAACGUUGAUCGCAUAGAGUUGCCUACGUCUUUGGUACUCGAUGGUGCGAACCAUGACCUCGAGGUCAACGCGGGCCGAUACAAGAAUGCUUCGUUUUUCAGGGACGCACGAGGGAAGUGGAAAUUGUCCCAGGACCAAACUUGGAAGAGCCUGGCGCAAAGAUACGGUCGCCAACGUGGUGCAAUGGAUGCUAUCUUAUACUCGGAAGGGCCAUUCACAAUCGGCUCGUGCUCGCCUGGGAUUGGGCAUAUAGCACUUCAAGUCAGCCGCAACCUCUUGCAAUAUUUUGGUGCAGAUUCAUUCUUAAGAAAUCCAUGCAACGGGAAUGUGUCCCGUGCAAUCCCCAAAGACCGAAAGUGGCUAGAUGGCAAUGUCUUGACUCUUGCAUUAGGAAAUGACCUACCGCACGCAGAGCUCAAGGGAUUCCCAAUCACUGUGGGGGAGGGCAAAUUAGUUUUAUCGAAGAGGGCGCUUGUUAAUCUUGGUCCUGAACAGCACGAUGUGUUUGGAGGAGACCAGAAUUGCGUUGACUUUCGCUAUGAAUUCGAAGCUGGCAUGGGUGCGCUCUUCCUUCGUCCGCUAGAGAACGAACGCCUCGAACUUGUGGUAUGGGGAGCGGACAUAACAGGCCUGGAACAAGCUGCACGCCUUGUCCCCUCACUGACUGGAGUAGGCCAACCUGAUUUUAUUAUCCUAAGUGAUACUUGCCGCUGGAAAGGACAUGCUGGAGUAUAUGCUGCCGGGCAUUUCGAUAAAUUCUGGCAAGUAUCCUCGGGUUCCUUUAUAAGUGCUGACCCUCAGCCGCACUGA